AUGGAAGACUCGCACUCGGUUCAUCUUUAUCUCCCUCCUGGUGGAGGCACCAACGAGCCCUCUGAGGACAUUCCUGAGCAGCCGGCGGGCUCAACAGUCUCCAAUGAAGGAGGAGAGGACAAGGGAGUGGCUAUGGCUGCCGUAUUUGACGGCCACGGUGGCUCCACGGUCGCCAAGUUCUCUGGCACUACUCUUCACACACGCCUCGCCUCGCUUGACAGCUACAAGUCUGGGGACUAUGAGACCGCCUUGAAGCAGGCUUUCCUGAAGACCGAUGAGGACCUCCGUGCCGACCCCACUUUCUUCAAUGAUCCUUCUGGCUGCACGGCGGUGCUCAGUCUCAUCACCCCCGAUGGACGCAUCAUUGUCGGUGAGGCGAAGGCCAUGUCCAAUGAUCACAAGCCCACCAACAAGGAGGAGACCGCCCGCAUCACUGCUGCUGGCGGUUUUGUGGAGUUUGGCAAUCUGGCUCUGUCUCGUGCAAUCGGCGAUUUCGAGUUCAAGCAGAACUACACUCUGCAACCGGAGCAGCAGAUUGUGACUGCCGAUCCCGAGAUCAUCACCCAUAAGGCAGAUGGGGAGGAAGAGUUCCUGGUUCUUGCUUGUGACGGCAUCUGGGAUUGUCUGUCGUCUCAGCAAGUUAUCGACUUCGUCCGCCGUGCUGUUGCCAAUGGCGAUGAUAUGGGCAAGAUUUGCGAGGAUCUGAUGGUCAAGUGUCUUGCGACGGAUUCGGAAACCGGCGGAAUCGGCUGCGACAACAUGACCGUUGUCAUCAUUGCUCUUCUCAACGGCCGUACUACUGAGGAGUGGCAGGCGUGGAUCAAGGAGCGAGUAGACAACAAAGUUGGUCGCGAUACGCCUGAGUCUAUUCCCGAUGUCUUUGGUCAAUCUCAGUCCCCCGUUGGUGGUGGCUUUGGUGGUGGUGGCGGUGGUUUCCGUAUCGCUGGCGCUGGCGGUCUAGCCAACAUCGUCAACAUUCUCGGUGCCUCCGGUAUUCGAUUCCAGACUGCUGAUGACGAUGAGGAUGGCGAGCUUCACAUCGUCGACCCCUCUUCCGCAGAAGGUCUUAUCCUGAGCGAGGACGAGCAUGGUGCGAAGUUGGACCUGGUUGAUGACGAUGGUGACUCUCACAUGGACUCUGGAGAGGACUCGGACGCUACAGCUGCCGCCACUGAACCGGCUGCGAGUGCGAGUGCUAGCGCUACUUCCGGUUCUGCAACUGGCACCGCUCAGGCGCCGACCACUGAGACAACCCCCUCCUCCUCUGCUUCCGCUUCUAAGGCAAGCGGAGCGAAGGAUUGA